AUGCAUAACCUUUUUCUUGGCUUGGUCAAACACCACUUCUGGGUUGUGAUAGGAACACACUGGGAGGAGCCACCUGAUGACUUGGAUGUUACUGAAGAGCAGGAAGUUUCUGAAAAGGAGCUUAGGAAGGCCCAUGCAGUGAUGGCCAGCAAUCCGUCUCAAGGAUCUUUGCACAAGUUUUCAAUUCCGGUGCUCCACGUGCUUUGUUCUGAGUGUGGUAUUCAAGAUCAGAUAAAAUUCAAGGGAAAAAAAUCAAAAAAGUUACACUUCAUCAGUCCCCUUUUGGCAUCUCUACCUAUGCAAAGCAGGUCUAAUCCUGCAGCCAUGAUCACCCUGGAAGGGGGUGAGAAGGAUGACAUUGAAUUUACGCAGAGUGUUGGCCUUGAAGGUGGUCUGUUGGAAAUCAUCAUCGAUCUCGGUGACGAGACCGCUAGCAAUGACUUUGGUGCGAUGCUCCACACAGAAGAUUUACGUCAGAUACAGGAAGACAUCAAGAAUAUGAUGCGGCCCACCUGGCAAGCUGGCCCACCAGCCAACUUUGGUUCGCCUGCUCACGGGAAACUUAAAGCUGAUCAAUGGAGAACAUGUAUCGAGUUUUACCUUCCAGUAUCAUUGAUGAAGAUGUGGUCAACUGGGGGUGCUGACGUUCCAGAUGAACUUUGGCUCUGGCGCCAACAUGCAGAAGCGGCUCGUCAAUACUUGGAACUCUACCUGAGAAGCCUUCGGGAACUUUGCCCGAACAUGGAUCUGCAUCCUGUGCACCAUAACACGCUGCAUCUUCCUGAUUUUCUUUUGAGGUUUGGGCCCAUCCAUGGAUGGUGGAUGUUUCCUUUUGAAAGAUUGAUUGGCAUCCUACAGAAGGUCAACAACAACUAUAAAAUUGGAGAACUUGAGGCAACAACUUUGAAAUCCUUCUGUGCAGCAAGCCAGCUGAAGGUCCUGGUUGAACACCCAGGGUGUCCCAAAGUGCUUGAAAAAUGUGUACCCAUUCUUCACAAGUGCUUUCUGAAUUCCAAGAUUGGUACCUUGAUGCACGAUAUUCACACUUUAGAUCAAGAGGAGCAUGCUAAAAAGGUCAAGGUCAAGGAGGUCGAUCUUGAGGAAGACGUCCACUGUGCAUUCGAGCUUUAUACAAAAGAGAAGCAACCGAAACGAGUGAUUCAAUACGCACAUUAUGAUAUCAAUGGUCAAGGGUUCACUAUGGAGAACACAACUCCCUGA